AUGGCGCCCAAAAGAAUAGCUGAUUCUUUUCCUGCAAGUGUUCAUGGCGGAAAAAAGACAAAAACUGCAAAAUUGCCAUGCUCCAAUUCGGAAGUCUAUCCGACGAACAAAAAAGACAUUUCUGCAGUUUUCAAAGACUUGAAUCUCGUUCCAAAUCUUCCAAAUGACCUUCAGUGUGCUGUAUGUCCUUAUAAGGCAACUCAGAAGUCUAAUCUGAAGACUCAUUACAAGUUGAAACAUUUAGGAGGUGCUGAUUUGACGGUGUUGUGCAGACUAUGUCAAAAGAAGUGCACGACUAAAGGCAACUUGAAAAGCCAUCUUUUGAGAGCGCACAAUUUAUCAAAAGAAGAUGCUGCUAGUUUUCUGAGUUAG